CACUUAGCCCUUCCUCUACCUCCUCUUAUGUUUUCUCCUUUUACACUUUCUACUAUUUACUGCCCCUCUGCUCUUUCAGUUUCAAAGGCUCCAGAACCUGAUUUCCACCUUUCUUCUUCUUGGGUUUUCUGCAAUUCUUGAUCUUUUGUUUUUUUUUUGUCUUGAAGAUUCUGUUGGAAAAUCCUGUUGGUUGAUCUGUUCUUGAAGUCUGGGGAAUUAUUAUUAUCUGGGGGUGGGGGGGUUUUCUUGAAGCUAAUCUUGAUGAUCAACAUAUUAUUUCUAGUCUUUGAAAUUCAUGUCUGCAAUUCUCAGUGAACUGUUUCUUUCCGGUUGUAUGAUAAAUUCCACAUAUAGGCGCAGGACCCAUUUAGUGCAAUCUUUCUCUGUUGUCUUCCUCUACUGGUUUUACUACAUUUCAUGAUUGUGUUUUGCUUCCAUAUAUAGAUAUAUAGAUAUAUAUAUUAUUAUUACAUAUAUACAUAUAUAAAUAUAAAAUAAAACCAGCUCUCUCUAUCUUUGAAUUUCUGAACAACGCUUCUGUUACUGUUAAGAUCAUCGAUCACUAUCUGGGUCCUGCUAGUUUUCUCUCUCUCUCUCUCUGUCGUCUGGGCUUUUUUUACUCUUUUUUUAGUGUGUUUUUUAUCGGGAAUUUUUGUGCAAGCUUAAGUUAAGAAGCUUUGUUUCCAUGGCUUCCUCCGGCGUGACGUCACCGGGGUCAAGCGUGCUUCAGAGCUCGGGUUCCGAGGAGGAUCUUCAGACGCUGAUGGAUCAGCGGAAGCGGAAGAGAAUGAUAUCGAACCGGGAAUCGGCGCGGCGGUCGCGGAUGAGGAAACAGAAGCAUUUGGACGAUCUGAUGGCGCAGGUUUCGCAGCUCCGGAAAGAGAACAACCAGAUCGUCACCGCCAUGAACGCCACCACCCAGCAGUACCUCAACGUGGAGGCGCACAACUCCAUCCUCCGCGCGCAGGUGGCGGAGCUCAGCCACCGCCUGGAGGCGCUGAACGAGAUCGUGAGCUUCCUCAACGCCAACAAUGGCGGUUUCGCGGCGGCGCUCGAGGAGGAGGAACAGCCCAAUUAUUCCUGCUACGGCAAUUUGGAAUCUCCGGCCGAUGCGUUUUUCGCGACGAAUAACAAUUCCUGGAACUUCCUCUACUCCAACCAGCCCAUUAUCACCUCUGCGUCUGCGGAUAUCUUGCAAUACUGAUCGAAAACAGAGAAACCUGUCUUUUAAGCUCCAGGAUCCAAGAAUGUAUUAUUAGUAAUAGUGUAAUGGUUUUAAGGAAUAAAAUGGUUCUGGUAAAUCAAAGAAAAAAAAAAUGUUAUUUCAGUAGUUGUCAUUUGGUCUACCUUUCAUUAAUGUAAUGCAAUAUUAAUAGGAAAAUACUAUGUGUACUUUUA